GGCAGAUUUCUAUUCUCCAUAGUGAGUGCAUUCAGAUCCAUCGUUUUAGCAGGAGAUUAGGAGAAUAUUAAUCCCUUUUUGAGUGCAAUAUAAUAUUGAGCAAUUUGUUUGUAAUGAGGGGACGAUUAUUGAGGAUAAUGCAUCUGGAAUGAACCCUGAUGGAUGCAGAGGAUAAAUAAAUGUUGAUAUUGAUUGGUUGAUAUUGCUGUUUAUUAUGACAUUAUAUGACAUAUUACUGAUGACUGGACUCUACUUAUUCCUUCCUAAGUGCUUCAGAUCAUGAAGACUUUAUCUCCGUAUGGAUUUAAUCCCAAGUACUAUCAUCAUGGAACUACAUUCAAGAGCCCAGCCAUUUCCAGUGGUAUCCCCAAUCUCUUGUCUUCGGUGAUGGGGGAUGUCUAUGGACCAGAAGCCAGCUACUUGACUAGUGAGACAUUCCACACUCCAAGUUUUGAUGACGAUUUUGACAUCACAUCUUUGAAUCUCCCUCCAGUAACAGACAGUGUAUCACACCCACAGCCCCACCCCCAGACGAGCUUCCCAGCACCCCAGUACUCAGACUUUCUCCCUGUGCAGUACAAUGUUUACUCUCAGCAGAGCACUACCCCAGUAUCUAGUGUCAGUCCUUUAAACACUGCAGCAUUUACCCCAAUCUUCCCCCCACAGAACUUUGAUAUCCCAGAUAUUUCUUUUACCAAUAAUUUGAAUCCCAGUGUUAGUUCUCUGACAUCUAUGGCCAUGAUGACCAGCUCUAUAGACAAUGGAAAUCAGAAUUCACCUUUUUCCCAGACUACCAUGGCUUCAACAGUUCCUACUAUGACCAACAAUGCUCAGAUCUCAGUCAUUAAAAUGGACAACAACUUUCUGGAGCCUAACAGAGAGACUUCACCUUCCCAAAGCACAAAUUCAGUGUCUCCACAAAGGGAGAGUAGUGAGGAUAGCAGUGAUGAUUGUCUCCCUUUGGCCCAGCUAAUGAAAAGACAAGCAGCAGCCAAAUCAACAGUGGUGGAAAAAGAGCCUUCACCCCCACCAGCCGGGGUCACUAAAACCAGAAAAACACCCAAAAAGAAAAAGAAGAAGGAUCCCAACGAGCCCCAGAAACCAGUUUCAGCAUACGCUUUGUUCUUCCGAGAUACUCAAGCAGCUAUAAAGGGAGGUAAUCCCUCCGCCAGUUUCGGAGAGGUUUCCAAAAUCGUGGCAUCCAUGUGGGAUAGUCUGGAACCGGAGAGAAAAAAUCUUUAUAAAAAGAGAACUGAGUUAGCAAAGAAGGAGUAUCUGAAACAGCUAGCAGCCUACAGAGCUAGCCUGGUAUCACAGUUACCAAUGGAUGAUAACAGUCCAUUUGGAAAUGUCAUGGAUAAAAGUCACUUGACAAGGGGGCCACAGACCUCUCCCAUGCAUGGAUCUCCCAAUGUAUCCCCACCUCAAGGAGUCUGGCCCAUGUCCUCCAUGCCCAUGCAGAACCAGUCACCCCUGGGUCUUCAUGGAAUGUCCCCACCAGGACAAUCUCCGGACAGUCACGGCAUGUCACCCCAAGGCACAGGAAUUUCUCCCCUUCACCAGGGACCCAAUAUGUCACCUAUCAUGGGGGAUAUGUUGAUGGGACCCCCCUCCAAUAGCCCCCCACAAAUGGGAUACAGCCCCCAGCAUCAACACGUCAGCCCUCAGCAAAUUGUGCCAUCUCCUCCACGCCCUGUUCAACCUAUCGCUCCAAGACAACCAGUCUUAGGACAGUUGAUGGAGGAAGCAAACAUAUGUUUAGAUGGGGGAGACUUGAUGCAGUCAAUGUGUAUCAGAAAUGGUUGUACUAAUCCAACUAUAGAGAGCCCAGGCUGGGACAAUGAGUACUGCUCAAAUGAGUGUGUUGUCAAUCAUUGCAGGGAUGUAUUUACAGCAUGGGUGUCAUCAAGACAAGGCUCCAACCAGUUCACUGUGAAGUGAAGAGCUCCAGUCAAAGGGAGAGAACUCAAACCAGUUCAUCAUCAAAUGAAAAAGCUGAACAAAGUCAACCAGUCAAAGGGAGAAAACUGGUUCUCAGGUUCAUUCUUCUUAUAGAAUAUUGUGAACUGGAAGUUGGAAACUUGUUAUGUGAGAAAGGAUCUCUUGUUGCAAGUGGCCUUGAUGAAUAUCUAUUUGACUACUGAAUCAUGUUAUUAUUGUUAAUAGAGAAAUGUGUUCUCUUUGCAUUGUUUUCAAGGCAAUCAUGAUUUUUUUCUAAAUUUGGUGUAAUUAUAUGCAUAUAGUUCUAUUUGUCAUAAAUAUAGUGUGCUGUAUGAACUGAAGCCAAUAAUUCAAGCUUGAUAUAUGCAGUUUCUUGCUUUCACAGCACUGACUUUAAUUAUAUGCAAAGAAUUAAGAAGAAUAAUUGAUAUAAGUAUCAUCAUGUGUAUUAAAUUUUUUUGCCUGUUACUUAUGUAAUGUUUGCUGUACACUGCAUCCUUUUACUGGGUCAUGUAUACUCUUGUUAAGGAUUCUUUUGUGUUUCCAGAUUUUUGAUAUAACUUUGUCCAUUGCUGAAUAUUAUGCAAGCAUUUAUUCAUGAUGAUGUGUUUAUAACUGAGCUGGAGACCUUCUGUCCUGAAAUCAAGUUUUUUGUGUAAUGAACAGAAAAUGUACACUGAUAUAUCAGAUUAUAUUUUGUAGAGAUUGUUAUUCGAAACAGCAGUUUGAACAUAAAAAAAAAUUCCAGAUAGGUCUUAGCAGGUGUAGAAUUUUCUUUUACAUUGGGAAAACACUGAUAAAAGCAAGAAAAAAUGAAGUAGUUAGUUAGAAUAUUAAAAUGAGAAAAAAUAUCUUUCAAGUAAAUUUUUUUUCUCUUUUGAAUUUAAUUUAUUAAUCUAUAAUUAUGUACAUAUGAAUCCUAUUAAAAUGUGACAUAGACUGUGUCGUUUUAUCUUACAUGUUUAAUGGUACCUGUGCAUGUCUCUCCUCUUCAAAGUUAGAGAAAUACACCUGUGUUCACUUACCAGGUGAAAGGGGGACAUUUAAAAAAAAAAACAACUUUAUUUUAUGCUUUUCAUACAUUAUAAGAUAUACAUGUAGCUUGCAGGAAAGUCUUAUUCUCAAUGCUGUACAAGUUUGUGCCUCCUUUAUCUUGAAGGUUAUGUCAUAUAUUUCUACUUGGUAACAUUUUAUUUGUAGAGUGAAAUAUUCUUCAGUAUUUUAAUUUACAUCAAGCAUUUGAAUGAUAAUGUUUUUUUUUUUCCUUUGAAAUCAGACUUUAAAACAGAUUGUCCAUGAUGUCAUGUAUCAUUAUGAUGAGAAAAAAGUAAUUAAAUUACAAAAAGCUC